UUUCCUUCAUGCUAUCAACCUUUCUCUUUCUCUCUCUCUACUUCUUUUUCCGGCAUAACUUGUGUGUGAACCUAAACUCCAUAACCUGUUUCUUCGAUAAAGUGUCUUUUGCUUCAUUCUUCUAUUACUUUGACUACUUCCCCUAAUAUAAUAGCCACAAAAAGAAAAUGUCGGGAAGAAGAUCACGUUCAAGGCAAUCAUCAGGAACUUCAAGGAUCUCCGAAGAUCAAAUCAACGAUCUCAUUAUCAAGUUGCAGCAGCUUCUUCCUGAGCUCAGGGACAGUCGUCGUUCCGACAAGGUAUCAGCAGCGAGGGUGUUACAAGAUACGUGCAACUACAUAAGGAAUCUGCAUAGAGAGGUUGAUGAUCUAAGUGAGAGGCUAUCUGAGUUGCUUGCAAACACAGACACUGCUCAAGCUGCUUUAAUCAGAAGCUUACUUACCCAAUAAUUCCUAUCUUCUUCCUCCUUUUUUUUUUUUUUCUUUUUCGUUGUUUACUAUAAUAAUAAUAAUAAUAAUAAUAGUUUGCGGAUUUGAUUUUUCUAUAGAUGAUGACCUUAUGAAACGUCGGUUUAAUGAUACGAGUUCGUCACUUCUCCUUCGGUCAUAAAUAUUCGCUUGUUUCCUAUAUAAAACCUUUGCCCUUUUUCGGUUA